ACGCCCCCUUUGACGUCAGAUCAAGCCGUUUUCAUGGUAACUUCAAUCGACCGACUGCAGAAACAGCAGACCGCAAUCUGAUCAGCAUGGGGAAGAUUUACCAGGUGGUCGUCCACGGUCUGAGAGGGGAGAAGAUGGUGAUCGAUCUGUGUAACACCGAAGAACAAAUGCAGAAGAUGACAGUUCUGCAGCUGAAGGAGAAGAUAGCUCAGAGACUCCCUGAAAGCGCAGGAGAGGAAUCUCUGCGUCUGAUCUUCACGGAUAAGAUGUUGGAUACAGACUCCAAGCUGCUGUCCGAAUAUGGAAUCCAGAACUUGUCUGUAAUCCACAUGGUGAUUAAAGUUCCUGGAGGACUUUAAGUGUCACUGCAAGCAUCUGCACGUUGACCUGCUGCUGCUUUCAUCUGCCAUGUUCUGGACUCUUUUUGGUUUUGUUUCAUUGUCUGUUCACAGUUUUUAAAGUAUUGUUGCUCAAAAUAAAAUGAAAAAUGAAAAGUA